GAAAGUAUGGAGUAACUGCUGUGUCGGUGUGCAGCGCUGUUGGUGUAACAUGGUUCAGAUUAACAAACGUGUGGUGGCGGUGACAAAUUUGUGUAAGACAUAGUUAACAAUACAAAGUGAAACCUGAGCAUCGUACUGGAGUAUUAAUCCAUGUGAGACGCCUCUCUUUAAGCAAAACAUGCAGUGAUUUCACUUUAAAUGCAACAAUCUGUGGUUAGUUUAUUAUUAAAAAAACAAUUAAACGACCACAUUUUUAAUGAACCACACAACUGUUAAGCGUUUUAUCUGUAUUAUUUUUGCGUUAAAACUAAUCUACUUUGCAUGAAGAUCUGUGGGUCGGUUCAGCUGCUAUAAACAUGACUUGAACACACCUUUUUGUUGUCAUAAACACCCUCUGUCUUCCUGCCAUACGUGCAUGGGGAAAGCUCAAUAAAGAAAUGAAACAAAAACAGCAGAAGUGUGUCGGAUCUAUUUUUAGGAAGGACAGGAUCGUGAUGUGAAACCUUUGCAUGCAAUGGCAUGCAGAGUUUGAGUGACAGGGAUAAUGAUUUCAUCAGAGACUUGAAUCCAGCUUUACUGAUACAGUAUGGUUUCACUGGAGCAGAUUAAAAACCUUGACAAAAGGUUCCAGCAGUUGAGUGGAAAUGAAGAGACAAUAAGUAAAGAAAAGUUGGAGAGCAUACCAGCCCUCGCCAAUAAUCCAAUCAGGAAGCAAAUUAUUGAUGCGUUCUUUGACAAAAGGAACCACCAUCAGGAUGAGGUGGGCGGCGCUGAGGAGAUUGGUUUCGAGCAGUUUGUUAUGGUCAUGUCCCACUUCCGCCCUCCUACCUUGAAGACAACAGUGGAGGAGAAGGAAGCUAUGAGAAAAGAGAAGCUUCGCUUCCUGUUUAACAUGCAUGACACAGACAAUGACGGCACAAUCACUCUGGCUGAGUACAGAAAGGUGGUGGAGGAGCUUCUGUCAAAAAGUGGAGCCAUCGGGCUGGAAGCUGCCAAGGCGAUAGCAGAUGCUGCCAUGUUGGAAGUGGCGAGCACAAAUGUGCCCCACAUGGCCCCAGAUGAUUUCUAUGAAGGAAUUACGUUUGAGCAUUUUGAGCAGAUUUUAAAAGGGCUUGAAAUGGAGACCAGGAUGCACAUCCGCUUUUUGUAGACACCAUGACAAUGCAUUGUGGGAAAUCAACCUCUUGAAGUUGUUUUUGUAAAGAAAUGUUUAUGUUGCUGCUGUUUUUAGCAGAGCCUCUCUGGUCCUUAAAUGGAGUGAAGCCAAACACUUGAUGUGCACUAAUAUAUUUUUGGAUGGAUUGAAAGAAUUAUAAACCUAACAAUACUUAAAGUACAUUUGUGUACAAAUUAAAGACUGACAAGAUGGUGAAAGUAUCCGAAUAAAAAGACAUUUACUUCCAUAGUUCACUUUCAAGCCGAAAGAAGUCAGUUUCAAAGCAUUGUGAUCCUACAAGUAGAGUGUCACAUAUUUCAAAGAGAUUUGUUUCUCGUUGUUUAUCACACUCCUAUUAAUUUUAUCAGGUUUCACACUAACCCUCUACCUCUCUUGCUAUUCUACCAAUCUUUAUGUAACCAGCAUGCAAUGUGAAUGAUUCUUUGUACCAAAAAGGUUCAUGUGUUAGAUGACGUCGGUCAUGCUCAGUGACUGCUCUGGCAUUCAUGGGUCAUCUGUUAUGGCCAGCAUCCAAAGACUGAAACUGGGGGCACAUACCAUUCCUCUGAAGCUCCAGAAUAGUUACAGGUUUAAUUUUCUGUUCCUCUGGGACCCUUUAUAACCAACCACUGCUGUUCUUCCUUGAAAGUCUAUUUUUGGAUGCUACUGAGUAAACCUAACACUUUUCAUAAGAUGAAUUAUUACAGACUUUGUAUUAAAUUGUAUAAAUGAACAAAAUAAAUUGAAGACAUUUGAUAAAACAAA